UGAAACAUCAAAUAACACAAAAACCAGGUUAGGACAAGAGAGAAGGGACUGCACAGGCCGGUCUGAGACGGCCUCAUCAAUCAGCCGGCUAACACUCCUGCCAUUUGCCAGCACACAACACCCUGCCAACCCUCAUUUUUUCACCCCUUCUCCUUUAUAACCCCCUCUAUUUGUAGACUUAGUCAUAUUUUUCCACCAAUAAUAUCAAUAACCCUAUUUUUUAAUCGUUUAUCCAUCGAGGUUUCUAAUCUCAUGGCGCCCAAGUUAUCACCGGAGACCUCCAAGAACAGCUCAAACGUCAAUCCCGUGAAUAAUCCUGGGAUGAAAGCAAAACGUACUAGGAAAACCAUCCCUCGAGACUCUCCACCUCAACGUAGUUCAAUCUAUCGCGGGGUUACAAGGCAUCGAUGGACGGGGAGGUAUGAAGCGCAUUUGUGGGACAAGAAUUGCUGGAAUGAGGCACAAAACAAGAAAGGCAGACAAGUCUAUCUUGGUGCUUAUGAUGACGAAGAAGCAGCCGCGCAUGCCUAUGACUUGGCUGCACUUAAAUAUUGGGGUCAAGACACUAUUCUCAACUUUCCGUUAUCAACAUAUCAGAAGGAGCUGACAGAAAUGGAGGGACAAUCCAGAGAAGAAUACAUUGGAUCAUUAAGAAGGAAAAGUAGUGGUUUUUCGCGAGGAGUGUCAAAAUAUAGAGGAGUUGCAAGACAUCACCACAAUGGAAGAUGGGAAGCCCGAAUUGGAAGAGUUUUUGGAAAUAAGUACCUGUAUCUUGGGACUUACGCUACACAGGAAGAGGCCGCCAUUGCAUACGACAUGGCGGCUAUAGAAUAUCGUGGGCUCAAUGCUGUCACAAAUUUCGAUCUCAGUCGUUACAUUAAGUGGCUAAGACCUAAUUACAGCAACCCUAACAAGACAAAUAUUGAUGUGGAGAUGAACUCGGCUCCUAGUUCGACCAAUGACUCAGGCAGCUCAGCCUCCAUUCACCGCCUCCAACCACCAUCAGAGACCAGCAACGCCACCUUAUCUCAGCCACGGCCGGCUACUGCUACCUCAGCCCUAGGCCUUCUGCUGCAAUCAUCCAAGUUUAAGGAAAUGAUGGAGAUGACGUUGGCUGCAGAGUGCCCGUCCACACCGCAGGAGUCUGAUCCACCACAAAGCAGCAUUCCUGAAGAUAUAAAGACGUACUUUGAGUCGAACGAGUUUUGUGCGUACAACGUCGAUCAAGGGGACGAUAUCUUUGGCGAGCUGAACUCUUUCAUGCAACCUAUGGUUCAGUUUGAUUCAAUGCUUAAUGGGGAAGAUCUGGUGCUAUAACUUAAUUGUUUCAGAUAUUUCAGGGUUCUCAGAGUAUGAAAGUAGAGUGAGAUUGAUUGAUUCGGCUGAUUAUAUAUGCCUGCUACAAGCUACAAUUCUUUGAUUAUCAUGUUUUUUUGUAGAUACUUAUGUAAUAAAGUCCGAAAAGUAGACUAUGAAGCUCAAUUCUUAAUUAUUCUUAGUUUUUUAUUUACGAAUUAAGGUUUU